AUGUUUUCAAUAAUUUAAGGAAAUAUAUUUCAUUAUAAAGCACAAGCAAUUGCCAUACCCUCAGAUAGAGACUUAUAACUUAGCCCUGGUUUAAGAUAACUAGCAUAUGAUUACUUUGGUUUCUAAAAUAUCUAAUAACCAUGCGAUGCAUAUUUAUAAAAAUAAAAAUCUGGCUUUAUUUAUUAUUCAUAAGCGAUUACAAUACCUAUAAAUCACAAAGACUUCAAAUAAAUUAUCCAUUGUAUUCUUCCAAAAUAUGAUCAAAAAUCACCGAAUUAAUCAAUUUCAUUAUUAAGAAAAUAAUUCGAAAAUAUGUAUUAAAUCUAUUAGAAAUUAGUUUUAAAUAAAUUUAUGAGUAUUAAAUAAAAUCUAUUUUAAUACCAGUGCUUGGAUGUGGUAGUGCAGAAUAUAGUAUAGAUGAAUCAUUAAUGAAUUUUGGAGAUGCUUUUUAAAUGUAUAGAGAUAAGAUAAUUAAUGUACAAAUUAAAUUGGUUGUAUUUGAUAAAGAAGAAUUUCUAUUUGCAAAAGAUUUUUUAUAACAUUUGCUAUAACCUGAUAUCCUUAAAUAAGAAACUUAAUAAUUAAACUAAAUCUAAUAAAAAGUUGAUAUUUCUCAUCCAUAAAAGAUAUAAUAAAAAAUGAUAUUUGAAGAAUUUAAUGAUGAUAAUGAGAAUGAUUAUAAAAAUCAUAUAAUGAAUUAAAAUUAUCAAAAAAUCAAUUAGAAAUCUAAUAAUAUAAAUGAUAAAGUUAAAAUGGAAUUAGAAGAAAUUAAUUAAAAUGAUUAAUUCUAAUAAUUUUAAGUAAAUAAUUAAUUACCUUUAAAAGAUUAUCAUAAAAGAAAAUAGUUAAAUUAAUAAGAAUCCUAAAAUAAUAUGUCUCCUUAAAUAUAAUAAACAACCUCUACCCAUAAUUAAUCAAAUACAAUUGUUUCGAAUUAACCUAUAUAAUUAAAUUAAAUAAAUCAAAUCUAAAAUCAAUAACCUAUUUUAUAAGAUUUUCCUCCAAAAUAGGAGAAUAAGAUUCUUAUUACUUUAUAUGUUGAAAUACCUGAUAGUACAUUAGAAAUAAUAUAGAAUCAAAUGGAUCUAAUAAAAUUCAUGCUAGAGGUUUGUUAAGAUCUAAAUAAACUUCAUUAAAAAUUAUUGCAAAAUGAUAAAAAUUUAGAAUGCACUAAUAAAUCAUUUUAAUAUAAACUGUAUUAUAAAUUAUCUAAGAACCUUAAAGAACUUCAACCGUUUUGUCCUAUUGAAAUGAAAGAUAGUUAAUAUGUAUCUGAGACACAUGAUUCAUAUGCAAUUGGUAUACUUUUCAAAAGCAUGAUAGAUACAAAAUUUAAAAAUGUAAAAGGUAUAUAAAUAAAUUAAAAUAAUAGAUUAAUAAAUGAUUGAAAUUCAAUAAUUUUUGGAAAAACAAACUUCUGAUACAACUUCUGAAAGAUCAUAAAUUAACUAAAUAUUCGAUUAUUUAUUAUCACUUUCAUAAAAUGAAGAGUUAAAUGAAAAUUAUUUUUAAACCUAAAUAAAAAUGAAAUCUUGUUAUAAUAAUAGUACAUUGUUAAAGAUUUAGAAUCUAAAAAAAUAAAUGAUGGAAAUAACUACAAAAAAUAUAAUAGAUUAAAAAUUAUAGUAGAAUUUUUUUUAAGAAACUUAUGUUAAAAAAGGAGAAGAAUUAUUUUAAGAAUUAAAUAUUAAUAAAAAAGAUUCAUUUUAACAUAUAAAUGAAAAGAUUGAUAAUUAAUAUCAAUAAAUUUAUGAAAAGACAGAGAAUUUAUCUUAAAAUAAUAAUUAAUAAUAAGAUGAUUAAUUUUAAGAACUAAAUCUAAAAUCAAAUUUUAAGAAUUAAAAUUAAUUUUAAUAAAAUAGAUCAUUAAACAACAGUGAAUUUAAAUUAAAAGAAUCAAAAUUUACUAAAAUUGAUUGUGUUGCAAUUCCUGUUGAUAAAUACAAAUUUAAAUAAAGCUUACCUUUUUUUAUUAAAUUAGAAUCUUUGGAUAAUGUAUUAGAAGACAUUGUAAAUUUAGCUUAAAAUGAUAAAGAACAUUUCUUAUAAUCAGUAAAAACAAAUGUACCAACUUUUGGUUGUAAUUAUGUCUUAUUAGUAUUUGGUCCAUCUCAAAAUACUACAAUUGGAAGAUAGAUCUAAUUAGCAAAUUGUUUCAGAGAUAUGUAAUUAUUUUCAUAAACUCAGAUUUUUGUAUACUUUAAAGUGUUUAAAGCUAUCUACUUGUUGCCUUUGCUUAGAUGAUAUAUAUAAUAAUUUAAUAGUAGAUCAAACAGAUUUACCAACUGAUACAUUAAACAUUGCUUUUGAUGAAGCAAUUAACAAAUAUCCUGAAUAAUUAAGUUAUAAUUAAAUAAAAUUUAAUAAUAAAAUAUGGAUUGUUAUUAAAAAAGGUAUAUUAAUGAUUUAUAAUUUAGAUCCUCUGAAAUUUAAAUUGCUUAAAACAUCAGUUUCUAUUUAUAAAUAAGAUAUUACAGAAAUAAAAGGUGUUGAUGUUAUUGUAAAUGCAGCUAACAAUUAACUAAUUAAAGGAGGAGGAGUUUGCGGAUCUAUUUUUCGUGCUGCAGGUGAAAGAUAUUUAGAAAAUGAAAUCCAAUAGAAGUUUUUUGAAAUUGGGAGAAAUUCAAUAGAUACUUCUGAAGUUUUGGUUACUAAAAGUUACGAUUUAGAAUAAGAAUAAGGACCAAAAUAUAUAUUUCAUGCUGUUGGUCCUGUAUAUAAUCUUUAAGAACCUUAGAAGUCAGCUGAUUAGUUAAGUAAAUGCCUUUUUAAUAUGUAUAUUUAUAUAUAAUUAAAUCAUUAGAUUACAAAAAUGUUAAGAAUAUGGAAUAUCAUCAAUUGCAAUUCCAAUUAUGUCUGCAGGAAUUUAUGGGUUUCCAAUAUUUUAAUGUGCUGAAGUCUUUCAUUCAACACUUCUAAAUUUUAACUUUUAAAAACCGCUUUCAAUACAUAUAGUUGAUGUGCUUGAUGAAAAAAUUGAAAUAUUUUAGAUUAUUUUUAAAGGUGAAAAAUUAAGGGAAAUUAUUCAUUCUAAAUUAGAGUUUGCUCCUCCAACUGAUUGUUUAGUAGGCCCAAUCGAUCUUAAAUUUCAUAAUUCUGGGGUUGUUAAAAAAAUUAUUGAAUUAGCAGGACCAUCUUUUAAAAAUGAAUUAGAAUUAAAAAUUAAAAAUUACUAAAUGAAAGAUGAUAUCCAAUUUGGUUAAAGCUUUUUAAUUCAAGGCUAUAAAUUAAAAUUUAAUAAUAUCUAUUAAGUAUUAUUGAUAUCUCCACCUUUAAAUUUGACUUUAAAUAAAUCUUGUCUAUUAUACUAAGUUUUUUAAAAAAUGUAAAUAAUUUCAUCUAUUUUAGUUUGGUUGAGACAUUUCAAAAUAAAAAGUUCUCUUCCAUUACAAUAUUGAUUUAUGGUAUACUUCAAUAAUGUUUAACAAAUGAAGAAGAUUUAAAAACAUAUGAUGGAACUAAAGCUAUUAAUAUAUUUUUAUAAGUCAUCCAGGAUUACUAAUAAAAAUUUAAUCAAAGAUGUGGGAAAAUCACAAUAUUAUCAAAUGUAGCUUAAUUUUGCAGUGAAUGUGAAUUAAUUUUUAAAUGA